UAACUAUCAUAAACUUUUUAUAAACUGAAGAGUAGGAAAAAAAAAUGGUAAAAAACAAAUGCUUUGCAGUGGAGAAUAGUAGAAAAAAAAAACGAUCUUCUGUACCAGUCAUAAAACGAAAUCCGUUUGAAAUUCAUGUCAGCAAGCUAAAACAUGAUGUUAUUGGGAAAAAAGUAAAGACAGAUAAAGGAUUACCUGGAUUAUCACGAUCAAAAGCAAAUGAAAAAAGAAAAAAAACAUUACUUAAAGAAUAUAAGCAAAGAAAUAAGGCAAAUGUUAUAAUUGAUCGUCGUUUUGGUGAAUUUGAUGAUACUAUUUCAGCUGAAGAAAAAAUGUUGAAAAGAUUUACCCUGGAAAAACAACGCCACCAUGAAAAGUCAAGUCUUUACAAUCUGGAUGAUGAUGAUGAAGAAGACUUAACCCAUUAUGGUCAGAGACUUGCUGACAUUCAGACAUUUGAUGAUGCAGGAUUAAAACUGUUUGAUGAAAAUGAAGAGGAAAAUGUACAUGAACAUUUUGGUGGGUUUCUUACAAGUAAAUCACCCCAUGAACAAAGUCAUAAGAAUGAUGGAAAAAAAUUGACUCGUCAACAAAUUAUGGAUGAGAUUGUCGCUAAUUCCAAAAAAAAAAAGUUUGAGCGUCAAAAAACACAAGAACAAACAUUUGAACUAACACAAAAACUUGAUUCGCAGUAUAAAGAUAUUCAAUCUUUACUAAUCCAACGGCCUAAAGGUAGUUCAAAAAGAGAUGACAUUAAGCCAGAUGAUUAUGACAAGACUGUAAAAGAACUUGUUUUUGAAGCAAAAGCGCAGGCAACUAAUAGGUUAAAAUCAACUGAAGAGAUUGCACAACUUGAGAAGUUUCGCUUGGAAGAACUAGAGAAACAACGUCAAAUGAGAAUGAAUGAUAAUUUUAUUGAUGAUAAUGUGACAUUUCUUUCUGCUGAUGCUAUUAUAGAAAAUUACAAAAAAAUUGAUAAUCGAUAUGAGGUUCGUUACAAUGAUGGUAAAAUGAUUUUGCCAGAAGGAAUAGAUUCACUAAAUUCAAUAGGAGGUAUAAUAGAUGAAAAUGAAAAUGAAAGUGAUGAUGAUCAAAAUGAAAGUGAUAACGAAAAUAGUGUCUCCACUAGUGGUGAUACAAAUGAUGAUGAAAUUGAAACUGGUGACGAUUCUGAUAUAUAUUCAGAUCAAGAAUCAGAUAUGCUGGAUAAAGGAAAUGAAGUAAAAUGCACAGUUAAAAAUACUAAAGAAGAAAAAUCUAUUGAAUUGGAUGGUCAAACUCUCUCCAACACUGUAAGCCUCAACAGUUUAAUGAAAAUGUUAAAAGAUUGUAAAUCAAAUCAAGAUGUUUUAACUGUUCUUAAUAAUCUUUACAAGCAACUAAAGAUAAAUGGAAGCAAAAAAACUAACAAGAUUAAUCAUUUUUUUGAUGUUCUUCUGAAUUACUUUGAUUAUGUCUGUGAUAUGGAAAAACCAAAACUCAGCUUAGUUAAUGAUCUGUCUGGUUUUAUGCAACAGUUGAUGCAAGAUAUACCAAAAUACGGAACAUCUGUAAUGCAAGAAAAGUUAAAAAAUAUUUUCAAAAAAAUAUCAUUACAAAUAAAUUCAAAAGGCAACAGCAAUAUGUUCCCUACUUUAAAAGAGUUGUUAUUUUUGAAGCUAAUCUCAUUAUUGUAUCCAACAUCAGAUCUUAACCACAGUGUUACAACUCCAUCUCUUGUGCUUAUUGCAAUGGUCAUGAACAAGUGCCACUUUAAAUGUUUUAAAGAUGUGUACAGUGGAAUAUUUCUUUUAAGCAUACUAUAUGACUAUAUCAAAUUAUCAAAACGCUAUAUACCAGAAGCAAUAUGUUUUGUCAGUAAACUACUAUACUUGGCCACUCCUAUGAAAAAAAAAACUUCAUUUUGGAUUUUAAAUUUACACAAAGAAGAACAAAAUUACUUGAUGAUUAAAGAAAAAAUAACAAAAAAUGUGAUGCCAGUUAGUAAUGUGAUGCCAUUAAGUAUUUCUCUAUUAGCAUCUGAUAUUCAAGAAAAUAUCUCAACAAGACUUUCUUGUAUAAAAAAUAUACUAUUAUUAUCCAAGAUGUUGUGUAUACUAUAUAUUGAUCUCGAAACAUUUUCUGAGGUUUUUCAACCCUGUUCAUUUCUAUUGGAGCAAAUGCCCACUGACAAAUAUCCAAAGACUAUAAAAUCUCUUCAUGAAGAAGUUUUAUCAUUAAUGCGCUCCAAGAAUAGCUUGGUACGGACCCCAUUAACACUUCACGCAAGAAAACCUAUUCCAUUACCAUUAUUUGAACCAAAGUUUGAUGUUGAUUAUGAACCUCGAUCAAAACGCAGAGCUGGUGAUAAAAAUCAAAAUGAGAAAGAAAAAAUAAAAUAUAAAAUUAAAAAAGAAACUAAGAGUGCAAUGCGUGAAAUUCGUAAGGAUGCUCACUUCUUAGCAAAAGAACAAUUAAAAGAAACGCUUGAUAGGGAUGCUGAUAGACGUAAAAAAGUACGCGCUUUAGAAAAUGCAUUAUCCAAUGAACGAAAAGAAAUUCGAGAAAUGCAGAAAAGUGCUAAAAAAAUGAGAAAAUAAAUAUUUACAAAUUUUGUAUA